GGCGGGUUAAAAACUCCUCAAAACAAGACAAAACCUGCAGAUUAGUGUUCAGUGAGACUCAAACUGCAGAUCAAACUCCUGCAAGAUCAACAUUUAUCUCAAUGUCUGACAUUAGAACGAUGAAGCUGCUGCUGUGUGUGUUGAUCAUUUUCUCCAGCCAACUCUUCACAUCUCAGGCACAAGAGUGUGAGGUGGUGAAUUCUGCUCUCCAGCAGAUGAUGAAGACUCUCUCUGCGCACGAGAUGAGUCUGAGGAGCCUCCAGAAAACACUGAAGCAGAUGCAGAGCACCAGAACACACAGCACAGGGUCAGCCUGUCCUCCGCCCCCACCGCUGAUGAACGGGCGUAUGCUGGGUCGAAUCUUCAGGAUGGGUCAUGAGAUCCACUACCUAUGUGACCCAGGGUUCCAGCGGAUGGGGCCCGAGAGCAGAGUGUGUCUGCAGUCUCUGAGCUGGAGCGACACGCAGCCGUCCUGCCAGAGGCGAAUAUCUCCUGUCCUCUCAGCUGGAGACACUGAGGGAAGCGCGAUGAAUGAUGAUGACGAACCCACCGCUGAACCUCCGUCAUCUUCAUCAUCAUCAUCAGUCUACACCAGGACGUCUCGCUGUGUGGAGUUUCUGGACUCCAUCCACUGCUCCUGUGAUGCAGGAUUCAGCAUCUCCAGCUCCAACACCUCACUCUGCAUGGACAUAGACGAGUGUGAGCUGUUCCGACACACUCCACCUGGCCGUGUGUGUGCGCACACCUGUGUGAAUACAGCUGGAAGCUUCUACUGCCGCUGUCCGGACGGAUACAAGCUCAGCCGAGAUAGCAGGAGCUGCCACGAUGUGGACGAGUGUGUGCAGGCGGCUCAUAACUGCAGCUCUGAGCAGGUGUGUGUGAACACUUACGGUGGACAUCGCUGUGAACACAUCCACUGUCCUGAGUUUCACAACGCCACAUACAUCAAGACAUCAGCGCUGCGCUGUGAGCGGAGCCCGUGUGUUGAAGAGGACUCUGUGUGUCUGCAGGCUCCGCUCUCCGUCACGUUCCACUUCAUGUCGGUGGUCUCCAACAUGCGGGUCCCCGUGGUCCUCUUCCGCGUGUCAGCGGAGCGGCUCCUGGGGGACUCUCUGCGCUUCAGCCUGCAGGGGAACAGCAGCGUUCAGCAGGUCAGCAUUCAGCGCUCGGGUCCCGGGACCGCUCGGCUGGUGCUGCUGCGCUCCAUACGGGGCCCGGAUCAGCUGACGGUGGACAUCCAGAUAGACCAGACGGAGAGACGGAAGCUGAUCGGGAGAUAUCUGACCAGAGUCACGCUCUUCAUCUCACCGUACGACUUCUGAAUCAGCACACACACACACACCGAGGUCACUGUACAGAGAUCAUGAAGGAAGUCUCUAGAUUAAAGUCCGCAUGAACUGGAAGCUGCUACCUUUUGUUUUUGUGUUGUGCCGCAGUUCCUAGAGAAACGGAAUAUUAAAUGAGAAAACAGUG